CUCCCUGCACUGGAACUUGCAUUAGCUGGGCUGCUUCACCUCGUGUGGGCUGCCGGAGAGCACUGCAUUUCAGUUGUUUGAUCCUCCCAUCAUCCUGGCCCGACACCAUGGGAGUGACUUGUGUGUCCCAGAUGCCCGUGGCCGAGGGCAAGAGUGUCCAGCAGACCGUGGAGCUCCUCACCCGGAAAUUGGAGAUGCUUGGAGCAGAGAAGCAAGGAACAUUUUGUGUGGACUGUGAGACCUACCACACGGCUGCCUCUACCCUUGGCAGCCAAGGUCAGGCCGGGAAGCUGAUGUAUGUGAUGCACAAUUCCGAGUACCCUCUGAGCUGCUUCGCCCUCUUUGAGAAUGGCCCUUGCCUUGCUGCUGACACCAACUUUGAUGUGCUCAUGGUGAAGCUCAAGGGCUUUUUCCAGAGUGCCAAGGCCAGCAAGAUCGAGACCCGGGGCACCCGCUACCAGUACUGUGACUUCCUAGUGAAGGUGGGCACGGUUACAAUGGGGCCCAGUGCCCGAGGCAUCUCCGUGGAGGUGGAAUAUGGCCCCUGUGUGGUAGCUAGCGACUGCUGGAGCCUGCUGCUUGAGUUCCUGCAGAGCUUUCUAGGCAGCCACACCCCAGGGGCUCCCGCUGUGUUUGGGAACAGGCACGACGCCGUCUACAGCCCAGCAGACACCAUGGUCCAGUACAUGGAGCUCUUCAACAAGAUCCGCAAGCAGCAGCAGGUGCCGGUGGCGGGGAUUCGUUAGUGACUGGCAGCUGCCCGGCUGAGCUGUCGCCAGGGGGACUCCACAGGAGGAGCAGGUGCUGCACCCUCAGGCCUCUGGACCCCAGAAACCCAGGGCAGACGGGAAGGUUUUCCUCCCUCUCUAGUUCCCAGCUGUGGCUUUUGUUCUGGGGCUCUGGACUCCCCUCCCCUGACCCUCACACACAGCCCCCCGACAGCUGUUUCAGCUGAACUUGGCCUGUCCUCAAGAACAGUAAUUAUGAAGAGUGGAGAAGUUUGGAGCUUUCCUGCUUUAGGGGAAAAGAUAGGAUGGGGGUGUCUCUGCCUAGUGAGGGUGGGGAAGGCAGUCUGUAUUGCUAACUACUGGGGAUUUGGUCCAGGCCCACAGUGGACAGGCUGCAGGUUGUGUUUGGGGUGGGCUGUAAUAAAGGCCUCUCCCUCUGCUCAAAGGAUGUGGCUGGGCCCCUCCUGGAAAAGGAGUAAGAGGCACAGCUUAUUUGAUGGUUAUCAUUUUCUGACCUGUUUGCUGAAGUGAAUUGUGAGUUCACUUUUCUGGGGUGUUUCCUGAGUCCUUUGAAGUCUUCCUCUGGACAUCUUUCCAUUCUGUUGUGAAUUAUAUUAAGGCACAGGCUAAGGUGCUAUAACAAGGAGAACCUAAAGUACAGUGGCUUUUAGAAGUUUAUUUUUCUCUUUUCUAAUAGUACAGAGGUAAUCAAAUGGUCCAGGGCAGAUUGAACUCCACAGGGUCAUCAGGAACUUGGUUUCCUUCCGUCUUGUUCAGCCACCCCUAGGGUGUUGUCCUUGGGUGAGUCAAAGUAGACAUCGGCUCCGUGUCCACAUUCCACUGAGGAAAGAGAGAGAGAGAGCAGUU